AUGGUAUGGCCACUGCUGGCCUGCAUGGCAGUUGUUUGCAUAUUCUCGCAACUGCCCAUACCCAAAUAUACCGCCCUGCCGAGAAGUGACGGCCACACAUCGACCAUUUACUUGCUUCCCAACCACAGCACCGACCCUCACAUCUGCAAAUCAAUACAUCCGCAGUUCGCAGAUGUCCUUCUGCCCAUCGAGCAGGAAGUCUACGAGCGGUUUUCUGCGAACAAUCCGCCAUCAAGCUUGUUAUCCUACCAUGGCAUCCACGACGAAAUACCUGCUGGUUUGGUGCUUGAAUUCGCAGAGCUGGGGAACCUACAAGACUGGCUGCUCGAAGGACAUAUACCCGGAAAGGAUCUGUUAUACAAAUGGGGCUAUCAAGUGACAGAGGCUCUAGAGUUUGCGCAUGGGCUCGGGGUACUACAUGCCGAUAUACAUUGUCUCAACUUCUUCUUAACGAAAACACUGGACCUCAAAGUUGGAGACUGGGGAGGUGCAUCUAUAGAUGGAGCCAGGUCGUAUUGCUCGUACAGGUAUAGCCAUAGAUUGUUUAGGCUGGAUGGUGCCGACCUCCCGACAGACAUGGGCAUUACAACAGAGUCAGAAAUAUUCGCCUUAGGCACAGCGCUCUACGUCAUGGUCUCUGGACAGCAACCAUGGCCUGAACUAGAGGAGCCUAAAGACAGGGAAGAGAUUCGAGGAAAAAUCGCUCGCAGAGAAUUUCCAAAUACAAGAGUAUUGGAUGUACUUGGCAGUGUAAUAGAGAGGUGCUGGAGUCUGCGGUUCACUUCCAUGACAGAGAUUAAGCAUGCGAUCGAGAAAGAGAGCUAUGAUGAUAAACGGACGCAAUUGUCCGAGGAUCGUUAG